AUGGCGACAACUGCAUUGCCCGCCGCUCAAGGCGGCCCCUCCAACGCCACUUUCAAGGACAAGGACAAGCCCGCAACCGUCCGAUCGUCCAAUAUUGUAGCCGCCAGAGCCGUCGCUGAUGCCAUUAGAACAUCGCUUGGACCCCGUGGCAUGGACAAGAUGAUCCGAAGCGGGAAGGGCGAGACCAUCAUCACGAACGACGGCAACACGAUGCUCAAGAGCAUGUCAGUUAUGCACCCGACGGCCAAGAUGCUGGUUAAUCUCUCGGCUGCCCAAGAUGUCGAAGCUGGUGACGGCACAACGUCUGUGGUGGUAAUUUGCGGUAGCUUGCUGGGUGCUGCAGACAGAUUACUGUCCAAGGGCAUCCACCCUUCGGUUAUCUCAGAGUCAUUCCAGCGGGCCGCUGCGGCGGCUGUCGACGUUCUACACGACAUGUCUCAACCUAUUUCCCUGACCGACACCGCUGCUCUCCUGCAAGCGGCGAACACGUCGCUUUCCUCCAAGAUCGUAUCGCAGUACUCGAAUCUCCUCGGUCCCAUGGCCGUCAACUCGGUACUUAAGACUAUCGACAUGAAGACGGCAGACAACGUGGAUUUGAAGAACAUCAGGAUAGUCAAGAAGGUCGGGGGUACCAUCGAGGACAGCGAGCUCGUGGAUGGUCUGGUCUUGACGCAGCCCGUACUCAAGGGAGCUGGCGGCCCUGCGCGUAUUGAGAAGGCCAAGAUCGGUCUGAUUCAGUUCCAGCUGAGCCCGCCCAAGCCCGAUAUGGAAAACACCAUCUCCGUGAACGACUACAGGCAAAUGGACAAGAUUGUCAAGGAGGAGCGUCUCUACUUGCUCAACAUGGUGAAGAAGAUCAAGAAGGCCAAGUGCAAUGUGUUGUUGAUUCAGAAGUCCAUUCUCCGGGACGCAGUGAACGACCUCUCCCUGCACUUCCUGGCGAAACUCGGUAUUCUUGCCGUCAAGGACAUUGAACGAGAUGAGGUCGAGUUCAUCUGCAAGUCCACAGGCUGCAAACCCAUCGCCGACAUUGACUCUUUCACCGAGGACAAACUUGGCUCGGCCGAUCUUAUCGAAGAAGUGCAUUCGAUGGGUGCCCGUAUGGUCAAGGUGUCGGGGGCGAAGGCGACGGGAAAGACGGUAUCUGUUGUUGUGCGGGGAGCCAACUCCCUGAUUCUCGACGAGGCCGAGCGCAGUUUGCACGAUGCCCACUGUGUCGUCCGCUGCCUGGUCAAGAAGAAGGCCCUCAUUGCGGGUGGCGGUGCCCCCGAAAUUGAGAUUGCGACGCAGUUGGCGAAGCAGGCCCGGGGCCUGCCCGGUACCGAGGCCAUUUGCUGGAAGGCGUUCGCGGAUGCCAUGGAGGUGAUUCCGACAACUCUGGCGGAGAACGCGGGCUUAAACAGCAUCAAGGUCGUCACGGAGCUCCGGCACCGUCACGAGAUGGGCGAGAGGAACGCCGGCGUGAGCAUCAAGUCGGGUGGAGUCAACAGUAACAUUUCCAAGGAGAACGUGCUGCAGCCAUUGCUCGUUUGCACGAGUGCAAUUGAGCUCGCGGCUGAGACCGUGAAGUUGAUUCUCAGGAUAGAUGAUAUUGCUUUGACGAGAUAG